AUAGCAAACACCAGUAUGACAGAUUUUGCAUUGACUACAUUUAGUAGUAAGGGAAAACUAUUAUAAAUCGAAUAUGCUCUCAAUGCUGUUGCAAAGGGUGACACAGCCAUCGGAAUUAAAGCUAAAAAUGGAGUUGUUUUGGUAGUUGAAAAGAAGCAAUCGUCAAUUUUGGUUGAGGAAUCCAGUGUUCAAAAAGUUGCGCUAUUAACAGAUAAUAUCGCAGCUACAUAUGCAGGAUUGGGUCCAGAUUUUAGGGUCCUGUCAUAACAAGCAAGAAAAUUAGUCAAAAAGUAUGAUCUCAAAUACUAAGAGGAAAUAUUCGUAUAAACAUUAAGCAGAGAAUUGGCAGAGGUACAAAAUACAUUCUAAAUUAGGAUGUAUAAGUGGCAACUCAAAGAGGAGGUAUCAGGCCAUUUGGAGUCUCGAUUCUCAUAGCAGGAUAUGAUGAAGAGGGGCCCCAUCUAGUGUAGCUUGAUCCAAGUGGAGCCUAUUAUAGUUGGAAGGCCACAGCUAUUGGAAAGCAGGCGAAGAAUGCAAAGGCAUUUUUAGAGAAGAGAUACAAUGCGGAUAUGGAGAUUGAAGAUGCUAUCAACACAGCCUUAUUGACUUUGAAGGAGGGGUUUGAAGGUAUGAGUAGAAUAUUAUGUUAAGGGUAGAUGACAGCGACAAAUAUUGAAGUGGGAGUGAUCAGAGAUGAUCACGUGUUUAGGAUAUUGCCACCGUCAUAGGUAAAGGAUUAUUUGGAAGAGUUAGAGUGAAA